AAGAUGACUAAGGCACUAUUUUCAAAGCCACAAGAUCAUAGUACGAACAAAUCAACCACUAAGGCAGGUGCUAACAAAGCCCGACUUGGCUGGAAGACUAACCAAAUGGUCUAUAGAACUGUCAGAAUAUAAUGUGGAUUACCAAACUCGGAGCUCACUGAAGUCACAAGUACUGGCCGAUUUCGUGGUAGAACUAACAAACGAAGACACAUACCCAGAAUGGGAGCUGUAUGUAGACGGUGCAUCCAAUGAAUACGGUGGAGGAACUGGGAUAGUCCUUAAGGACAAAGAAGGAAUCUCAACUGAAUAGUCAAUAAAGUACAUGUUUCCGAUCAGCAACAAUCAAUUCGAAUACGAAGCACUCAUAGCCGGUAUGCGCCUAGCAAAAGGUUGCGAGAUACAAAACAUAAUGGUCUACUGUGACUCCCUUCUAGUAGUUCAACAAGUAAACGACGUGUUCCAGGAACAAGAUUGGAGAACACUCUACAUGGAAUUCAUAAAGCACGGAAAAAUACCAAAGGAGGAAAAAAACCCGAGGCCCUUUCAAAGACGAGCAAGUUUCUUCACAAUCAUUGGAGACGAUCUUUACAGAAGAGGUUUCUCCCAACCUUUGCUCAAGUGUCUAGGAGAUGAAGAAGCCACUCUAGCAAUGGAAGAAACACACGAAGGAAUCUGUGGUACACACAUCGGAGGUCGAAGCCUCGCAACAAAAAUACUAAGGGCAGGAUACUACUAG